AACAAAACUAUUGUGAAAAUUUACCUUGGACACAAAGAAUCACCAUCAGAAAUAAUGGGGCGGUGCCCCAGUAGUGCAGUUAACCAAAAAUGUUACCGUUGACAAGGAUAGCUAGAAUUCUUAGCUAAAGUCAAAGCCGAAUACAUACAAAGCAGAAACACUGAAACACAGCAACUCUUUCUUUAAAAGUCAAGAGGGCAAACACAUGGACGACACAAUUUUCUCUUUAUCUGCUCCACUCUUUCCCUCUUUUAGUUCAUGAACCCUCCAAGAUUAUUACAUCUUAUCAUUAUCUCUAAUUCUUUCACCACCUUCUUCAUCUUCUCCUUCAUCUUCUCCUUUUGCACUACUAACUUGGUUAUACUAGCUAGGUAUACAGUAUAGUAAUGGAGGAAGUAAUGCAUACCUGGUCAGAUGGGUUGGAGGAUGAGCUUGUGAGAGAGCUUCUUGACAAUCAAUCACCUUUCUUUGUGCUACCUCAGAGUACUACUGAAUUGAAAACAAGUAGUCCUUUUGAUGAAGAAACCAUUAACCAGUUCAUCUCUACUGUCUAUUCCGGGCCUACAAUUGGAGAUAUUGAGAAUGCAUUAUCAGUGACAAACCCGAAUAUGGACCAACCCCAGCAACUUCCACAAGCCAGAAUUUCUAUGUUGGACAGAAGUUUAAAUAAGGUUGAGAAUAAGUAUACUCUGAAAAUCAAAAGCUAUGGAAAUCUGAUGGCUGAUGAUGGAUAUAAAUGGAGGAAGUAUGGACAGAAAUCCAUCAAGAAUAGCCCAAAUCCUAGGAGCUAUUAUAGGUGUACAAAUUCAAGGUGCAGUGCAAAGAAACAAGUAGAGAGGUCUCGCGAGGACCCUGAGGCACUCAUCAUCACAUAUGAAGGGCUUCACUUGCACUUUGCUUACCCAUACUUUUUACCUAGCCAAUCCUAUGUCAAUCCAACAACCAAGAAGCCUAAGAAGUCAUUCUCACAAGCCCAAGACCCCCAAGACCAUGAAACCCAACAAACACAAGAAGUCCAAGAAAGCCCAGAAAAUCUAGCUACUUCGCCAUUAUUAAUCACAUCUGAGGUCUGCUUACAAGGAUGGGACAAAGAAGAAGGAAUGAGCUCACAAGGGUUGCUUGAAGAUAUGGUGCCAUUCACGAUUCGAAAUCCUCCAACCAAUACAUCCUCAAAUUCCUCUUCUUGCUCGUCUUACCAUUCACCUCCUACUUCGCCUUCUUCUCUGUCUUGGUCCACUAAUUAUUCAGCUACAUGUUUUGAUAUAGGCAUCUAGCAUUAUAUUAAAGUUUACUUUUAUGGUUUUCUUGUAAUGUGAGAUUAAAUAAUUAGGUAUAAGAACAAGAAAACAUGCUAAGAUCAUAUGCAGUUUUUAAAUCUUGUUUAAUAUAUAUAUAUAUAGCAAGGAACAAUCUUAUUGUAUUU